UUAAAGAAAAACUGAACCGAAAGCUUAACGAUGGACGACGACGCGUACUCGUACGCUCUGCUCGUGAAGCUCGAAGAAAACAACGUUCCUAGACUUAAAAACAAACUGGUUAAAUAUUUCCAGAGUAAAAAAAGGGCCGGCGGUGGUGAAUGUCAAAUUCAGUAUGAAGACAGAAAUAGGACGGCAGUGCUGCGUUUCAGAAGGGAGGAAGACAGGGCGAGGGUUGUGGCUCAAGAAACCCAUGAGAUCGUCCUGGACGAAGGGAGGUUAAAAGUGACCGUGCACUUGCCUGAGGAGAGUCCCGGGAGGCCUCAGUUGACAACCACUUCCAACAAAGAACAAAGCAACCCGGAUGGACUUGCAGCGGAGGAGGAGACCCUGGUUGAGGCGGUGAGCAGGGAAGAAAAGACAGAAGAGCCAGCAUUGGGUUCCACCUCCGCUGUCUUAGAGAACGUUCCCCAGGGCAUGAGCAAGGAGUUCAUGGAGAUGUUGGUGCUCAACAUCUGCAAGAACUUCAAGUCACCGAUGACCACCCAACCUGAAUUCAGUUUGGAGAUGCUCUCCGACACAUGCUCCAUUGUGGUUACUUUCUCAAGUGCAAAAGAGAAUAAUGAGUUCAUUACAUGCUGCCAGACAAACAGGACCUUCUUGAAUAAGAAAUUAGCUGUCAGAGCUCUGGAAGUCACAUCCCAAGUCAGAGUUGAGGAUGUGUCAAACAUCAAGGAAGACGUCCUCCUGCUGUACUUUGAGAAUGAAGGUUGGGAGGUUGAACAGGUCACCCCAGAUGAAGAGCAACAGUCUGCUGUGAUCUCAUUCAAAAUGGCUACAGCUGUUCAAGGGAUAAUCAAGAAAGAACAUUGCAUCGGGAAGAAAUGGGUCAAAGUUUUUCCAUUUUACGACUCCUUGGGAACGGCUCUUUAUGGCAAAGACCGACCCACACCGAAACUACCCGCUGCCUUCACUCAAAGCAUAUAUUCCCCGCUCUUGAAGUACCUCCACCAGAAGCAGGAAGCAGCAGAGAUGGUUUGCGGUCACUUGUCAGCACUCUUCUGCAAGGUAGACCUCCUACCCUCAUCUGUGAGUUUCAGCCCUCUUCCAGCACUGCUCAAGCAGAAAGAUGUUAAAGCCAAAGACAUCAAACAGUGGAAACAAUCAGUGGAGCAGGCCUUCACACAGGUCUUGUCCAGGUUCAAAACUCUGAAGCUUCAGCCUCCAUUAUCAGCAUGGGAAGAGUGUGAAUUGCAGAUCAGAGAGAUUGUUUUAGACAAGACCAUGGAAGUCAUCCCUGAGAAAGCUGAAGGUACAUUGUCAGUGGUUGGCCUUGUGGACGAUGUGACCAGACUGGAGCCCACGUUGAAUGACCUCUUGACCAGGAUUGAGAAAAGGGUGCUGAGGGAAAAUUCAAGUAUUACACAGGAAAUUGAGAUAUCCAAAGUAAUGUUUCACUUACUCUGUCAAGAUGGCCUAGCUGAGCAAUUGAAAGGUUUUUACCCAGAACUGGAAAUAUCAUUUCAAGAUAAAAUUAUCUUAAAUGGUUUUCAACAGGAGGUUAACACAGCAGCUACUAUGGUUUUUAACAGAGUGAUUGCAGUAAAACGGAAGAAACUCGAGUUGGACAACACUCUUUCCCUGUUUUUGAAGGAUAAGGAUGAGGAAGAGCUGACAAAAAAUAUCUUCACAUCUAAUGGAAUUCAUGCAGCAGUUGAGAAAGAUGCUACAAGCCUGAGCAUCAUUGCUGUUUCAGACAACAUUCUGAGAAAUGCUGAAGAUCAACUGAAGCAAGUGCUGAUCUCUAAGUACAUUGAUACUCAUGAUAGUUAUGUCUUGAAGAAUCCGGAGGGGCAAAAACUAGUGAAAUGUUUGGAAGAAGGCAACAAUACAACCUCAAAGAAGAUUGUUAUAACAGCAUCUAGUGAUCAUCAAUUUGAGAGAAUAACAGUAGUUGGCUACAAGGAUAGUGUACUACCAGCUUUCAAAGAAAUUGAAGAGCACCUCCACAAGUUUGCCCAAGUUAAUGAAACUCAUAGGGUCAAGUCUGACACUAUUGUCAAAUUUAUUGCAACUCAAGACAAUACCUGGUCAGAAAAAGUCAAGGACAAAGUGGAUAUUUUGUUUGAGAAGGAGGCUGUUACCUUCAGAGGUCCUAGAGAAUAUGUCAUGAAUUGUAAAAGCAUCCUAGUUUCCAUGAUCUCUAAAGUUUGCUUUGAGGAAUAUCUACUCCCCCAGCCUGGGGCAAAGGAAUACUUUCAAGAAAAAAAAGACAUGUAUGUUUCUACAUUAAAGAAGGAAACCGGUUGCUUUGUCCAGUUGGUGGAGGAGUCGGCUAGUGGACAAAAUGACCUGUUUGGCAGUGUUCCUGACAAACAAAAUAAAAACUUCGCCAAACCACGGGCGACCAAUGUAGGAUUGAGCAUACACUUGGGGAAUAUUGAAGAUGCUAAGACCCAGGCGAUUGUGAAUGUUGUGGGAGAACACCUUGAUCUGGAAAAGGGAGCCGUUUCCAGAGCUAUUCUCGGUGCAGCUGGACCAAAACUUCAGGAUUUGGUCAAUGAACAGAGGAAAACAGGAGACAUUGGGGAUGUUAUCGUUACGGACGGUUGCAAACUGAAAAGCAACUGGGUUUUUCAUGCUGUAGUCCCUGCCUGGGACAAGCAGGGCAAGGCUGUUAAGAUAAUUGGAGGGAUUGUUGAAGACUGCUUGAACAGGGCAGAGGACCAAGGUCUUACCUCCAUAUCCUUCCCUGCCAUUGGCACUGGAAACCUCGGCUUCCCCAAAGACCUUGCAGCAUCUGUAAUGAUGGAGGCAGUCUCAAAGUUUAACAAAGAGCCACGGUGCUUGAAGACGGUGAACAUUGUUCUCUAUCCGAAAGACCAAGAGACCAUCCAGGUUUUCACUGAUGCAUUAAACAAAAAGCUCCCAAAAACCACAAAGGUUCCAGCCCCUACCCAGUCCAAGUCAAGUCUCUUCUCCAAAGUCACCUCAGCUUCGGGGCUGCAUGAGAUUACAAUCGGACAUGUGAGAGUACAGGUUGUGUUGGGGGACAUCACUAAGGAGACCACUGAUGUCAUCGUCAAUUCUUCCAACGAAUCAUUCAGCCUCAAGUCAGGAGUGUCCAAGGCAAUUCUGGACGCAGCUGGUCCAACUGUAGAAAAUGAAUGCAAAAAUCUAGGUGGACAGCCAAACACCGGAAUGAUAUUGACAACGCCAGGAAACCUGAUGUGUAAAAAGAUACUCCACUUGCUUGGACGCAGCAACCCCCAGGAUAUCCAAGAUACGAUGAAAGCUGCUCUUGUAUUGGUUGAACAAAACCAAUACACUUCUAUCUCUUUUCCUGCUCUGGGUACAGGUCAGGGAAAUGCCCAGGCAGGGAAGGUAGCCGAUGCCAUGUUAGAUGCAGUGGUGGACAUGGUGUCACAGAGUGCUUCGGGUUGCCUGAAGGAGGUCCGCAUCAUCAUAUUCCAACAGGCCAUGAUGAAGGACUUCCAUAGUAGAAUGGAAAAGAAAGCAGGCUCUGACAUGCCCAAUAGUUCGCUACUUGGAAAAUUGAAAGGAAGCAUCUCAGCAUUUUUCACAGGUGGAGGAAGUGAAGCCAAGCAACAAAAACACAAUGACUUUCCCUACGAAGAUCGCCAAAUUGAGCCGGCCCACUUCCACAUAUGUGGUAGUUCACAGGCUGAAGUAAACAAGGCGAAAACAUGGAUCAAGGAUCUGAUAUCCAAGGAGCAUACCAAUAACUCCAUUAAAGACAGAGCAAUUCUCCGUUUAUCCAAUGCAGACAUCCAGCGCAUUAUGGACAUUCAGAAUACCAUGAACGUUAGUGUGCAGAUUGAAUCUAACGAUGCAUGUAUUAACAUAGAGGGGCUCACAAAAAACGUGCUAAAAGCCAACACUGAAAUACAGGAGAUGUUGAAGAAAGUCAGAGAUAAAGAAGAGAUCGAGAAGAUUCUAGAAACCGUUGACUGGCAGUACCAGCUUCAGGGGCUUCAAUUUCAGACCUUUGACGACAACUCCAAAUUCCUGCUUGAGCAAGCUCACCACAACCAGCAGCCUCAUAUAGAUGUAGACAUCCAGGGCCGAGUGCACACGGUUGAUGUGCAAAAUGGAACUGCCACCGACAACCAAGGCAACAGCAUAGAUAUCAGACGCCAUGACUUGCUGAAAGAUCAAGAUGUUGUAAACUUGCCAAAGCACUGGGAAAUAAUGCCAAGCGGCAUUUCAUGUCAAAGUUUCACCGUCUUGCCCAAAUCUCCGGAAUACAAUGAAGUACGACAACUCUUCAAGGCCACAGUCCAACGAAAUGUUAUUAAGAUUGAAAGGAUUCAGAAUCCCGUUUUGUGGAAGAGCCUUCAGCUUAAAAAGGCUGAUAUGGAAGCAAGAAACGGUCACAAGAACAACGAGAGGCGCCUCUUCCAUGGAGCCUGCUCAAUCUCUAUCCAAGAUAUCAACCAAUACGGUUUCAACAGGAGUUACGCAGGAAAGAACGCUGCCUGCUAUGGCAAUGGCACAUAUUUUGCUAUCAACGCAAAUUAUUCUGCCCAGGAUACUUAUUCUAAGCCGGAUGCUCAAGGGCAGAAGUGUGUGUAUCUGUGUCGUGUUCUGACGGGAGAUUUCACCAAAGGAACUCAGGGCAUGCUCGUGCCUCCAACAAAAGCCUCCUCCGCUUUGCAUUACGACAGUGUUGUCAAUGAUAUCAACAGCAUUCAAAUGUUUGUCAUUUUCCAUGACACUCACGCUUAUCCGGAAUAUUUAAUAACAUUCAAGUAGGAGAACACAUGAGAGAUUGCCAAAUUACGCUUCUUUACACACAUUGACUGACUAUUGUUUUAUUUUUUAUUUUUUUUCCACUGUGAUACUCUUUAGCACUACGAUGUGUGUGCAAUCAGCCAUGUCAACACUUAAAAAUAAUGAUAGUGUUGCCUGAAUUUUAAAAAGGUGAAGGCUGUAAUAUAUAAUACAAAAUUAUGUCUGGUGAUGUAUCUGAUGUUGUAAGCAGGAGGAUAUAAACUCAUGCAAGGCUUUAUCAAUGUUCAUGGGCCAUUCCCAAAUCCAAAUGUAAUGAUAACAUUUUAUAGUACACAGGUUAAGAUUUGAUUUUUUUUGCGUCCUUUCCUAUCUGUAAACAUGAGAAACUUGAGAAAAAUCCCCAAUCCCUACCUUCUCCUUAGCCUGACUAAACCACGUCUGAGCUUUCUAACUCUGAAACCAAAUUAAAGCUUUCUUAAAUUGCCA